AUGACGAACCCCUUCGGCAUCCUCAGGUGAGCACAUACUUUUGACUUCGACUGGCUGUCCCUACUGACAACAUCAACAGCAGGGCCGCCUCGGAUGCAACCAGCGAGAGCCACUCAAACGCCUCCACCACGCCACCACUGCCCAAAGUCACCAUGGCCAGCCCACGCCACGCCAAUGCCACUGUCCACAGCAACAGCACCGCCAAGCCAGCUUUUCGCCGCCUCAGCUCAGCCUACUACCCAAAGAUGCCGUUGCCACCAUUGCCCAAAUCCGCUACGGCCAGCUCACCCCAGGCUAACCCCACUAUCAGCAGCAACAACACGGCGAGGUCGAAUACUCGUCGGCUUAGCUCAGCCUACUACCCAAAGCUUCCCUCUCAAAAGCCCAUCAUGGGCGCGAUCAAGGAGCAGGAAGAGCAGGAAGAUCCAAGACUAGGACCGGAAUCACAAGCAGCGCCAGAAGAGACUGCCGGGCAUACUUACCACGACCCCGACAUCACCACCAUCCACAUCUGCACGAUGCCGAUCAACAACGAUUCCAAAGUGCAUUACUUCAACAUCUCCCGCUCUCUCCUCUGCGCAAGCUCUGAGAAGGCCCAAGCGUACUUCUACCCGCCACUGGGUCAUCCGGUGGACAUGUCGCGCUUCAUCAUCCGCGCCUGGUCCCUUGCACCAGUUCUGGUCUACCUAGCCUGGGUCCAGUAUCGCAAGCCAACACUGCUGCAGGACGGUGGGAGAGUCUCGCAUUGGGGAGACGAAGAUCUGAGCUACUAUCGGCUCGUAGAUCUGUGGAACUUUGGCAUCUACAUCCAAGAUCGCGAUUUUCGAGAUGCAGUCAUCGACGCCAUCCAGCUGCGGGCUGAAAUCGUUCAGACAGAGGUCCUGCCAGGCACAUGGACGAUUGACAAUGCGUACUUCUUCCUGCAGUGGAACCCGGUCAAGUGGGAAUGGGACCGACCGACGCAGGUAUUCGAACAGCAUAAGUUGCCGCGUCCACGAGGUUCGCUGCAUUGUCUCCUUGAGAACAUCUUUGCGACAGUCCCUGUCGAGCGGCGUGGUAAAGAUUGGCAAUAUGCGAUGGUGACGGGGCCGACAGAGCUGAGGGACGGGGUUCUGAGACGCCUGGCGGAGAUGAGCGAAGGAAGAAAGUUUGUGGGAGACGUUGGAUGUGAGUUUCACGAGCACUUGGCUGGAAUGUGGUGUCCGAAGCGGGCCGUGGAGCUGGCGGAGGAGAACGAGAGACAAGAGAGUGAGACGGGGACGGAGCCGAGCGAAAUCCUUGGCGGAGGUGUGGUGAGGUUCAUGGAGAGUGCGGAGGAGGAUGCCAAGCAGCGCACCGAUAGCGUGGCUGUUGAUGUCAAGAAGGAGACACCUUCUCUGAUCAAGCAGCUAAACGAGCUGAUGCUCUGA